UUUUAUGUAGAUAGAAAAAAAAAGAAACACAAGAAAGAAAAAUACAAAUUUUUUUUUUUGUAUGCAAGCAGCAAAGAGAAUGAAAAUGUCGAACAACCAAUCAAUGUUUUCAUAAAUUUCUUCAAAAUUUUGCACUCGAAAUUAUUGGAAUAAAAAUCAAAAUUCAUUCGAUAAUAUAUAAUAAUGACAUUCGUGCGUGAUCCGUGCGGUAUUGUUUGUUUAUUAGUAACAUAUUUGGCUGUUUUUUACGCCGAUUAUGUUGUCAUGCGAUGGAUUAUCCUUCAAACAAUGCAAACAAGUAUUUGGGCACCACUUCAUGUUGUGCUAUUUAAUACAGUGGUCUUCCUUUUGGGCAUGUCCCAUCUGAAAGCGGUCCUUUCCGAUCCGGGCACUGUACCACUCCCAUUGAAUCGGUUGGACUUCUCCGAUUUGCAUGCCAAUCAAAAGAACGGCUCCAAUCACGAUCAUGGCGAAUGGACUGUUUGCACACGAUGUGAGACAUAUCGUCCGCCUCGGGCUCAUCAUUGUCGCAUUUGCAAACGAUGCAUUCGUCGAAUGGAUCACCAUUGUCCGUGGAUCAACAAUUGUGUGGGGGAACGUAAUCAGAAGUUCUUUUUGCAAUUUCUAGUUUAUGUAGGUAUUUUGUCGUUGUAUUCGGUUGGCUUGGUGCUGGGUUCGUGGAUUUAUCCUUGCGAGGAAUGUAAUGCCAAUAUUGUGGAAUCACAAACAAGGAUGCUACACAGUGUAAUACUACUCUUAGAAUCAGCACUCUUUGGUCUAUUUGUACUUGCAAUAAUGGUCGAUCAAAUGCAUGCGAUACUCUACGACGAGACUGCUGUCGAAGCUGUUCAACAAAAGGGCUCAUAUCGACCGAAUCGUCGUAAGCUAAAUUUAUUAGCAGAUGUAUUUGGACGUGGCCAUCCAGCUUGUUGGCUUAUGCCGUGUACGAACUUUAAUUCUAGAAAAUAUGAUGCUCCAUUAUUGAGUCAUGAUGUGUAAGCAAAAAAAUACAAAAAUAUUAAGAACAACAACAAAAAAAAAACACUCAUAACAACUGCUCUGAACUGAUUUACCAAAAAAAAAGAAAAAAACAACUGGAUAUUUUUCGAGUAAUCCAAUUUUUUUGGUUAGAAAUCUUUCUUUUGAUGAUUUUAAAUUUCAUUCAGGAAGUUUUCUAGGUGCAUAGUAUUGUAAUUUAUUAUUUUCCUUAUUAUAAUUAUUAUUAUAAUCAUAUUUCUAAUAUACAAAUAAUAAUUGUUAAUUAUUAUAAUUUUAUUUAUUAGUUUAUUAUGAGUUAAGAGAAAAAAAAGUCUUAGUGUAAUUUAUGGUGUAUGGCUUUUUGUCAG